AUGGGGGAACGGCUCCUGGUCUGGACCUGGAUUCUCCUCCCAGGAUGCUGGGCUCUGCAGGGCCCCGCGGAGGUGAGCGGCUUCCCGGGGGGCUCCGUGGAGGUACCCUGCGAGUACGAGCCAGAGCUGGUGGAUGCCAAUAAGUACUGGUGCAGGGGCAGCAGCUGGUUUUCCUGCUCCGUCCUUGUUCAGACCACGGCCCCUGGGGACAAGGCAUGGGGGGACAGGGUCUCCCUGCAAGAUGACCCCACUCGGCACGUGUUCGUGGUGACCAUGGAGAACCUGAGAGUGGAGGACGGGGAUCAGUACUGGUGUGGGAUCCAGGUAGCCUGGUAUGACCCCAUGUUCCCUGUCAUGGUGUCUGUUCUCCCAGUGCCCAAGACAACACACUAUGACCUCCACACGACACAGGGGGAAGAGCCCACAUCUGCUCCCACCUUCCCAUGGACUCCCCUGGAGCUGGAAAACACCGUGUCCACACCGAAAAUCAGAAGCCUGCAGGCUGUCACCCCAAACCUGCUUGUCCUGGUCCUGACACCCUCUGCUGCGCUGGUUUUGGGUGUCAUCGUCUGCCACAGGAUGAGAAGAGCAUCGUUGGAGAAGAGCAGAGCCUGGGCCAUGGAGAGGAAGAGGGCCAAGGACCUCCAGGACUUUGAAAAGGGACCUGAAGUGUCGGUUUCCAGAGCUCCAGGACUGCAGCCGAUCUACAUGAACACGCACUGA